CGUCUUCAAGUUCCAUCUCAAUCUGUUCGAACCAUCUUGCUCCUCCCUUGUUGUGAUUUCAUUUGUUUCCUUUUCGUUCGGCAUCAUGCCUUCCUUAGAGCUGGAAAGACUAGAAUCCGCAACACCCGAACGAGAGAUUUCCCCUGCGUCAGACCACCGAAAACCAGACUCCUUGUUGACAUCUUCAGCCACUAUCAAUCUCUCAGAAACAACCACAACCUCCAAUUCCUUCUCCGAUUCCUCAGAUCGACAAUAUAUUCUCCAAAAUGCCUGUAAUAAUUCUCAGCCUGAUCGAGGUUUUCGCUCGCACCUUCAACAGAUCUUCAAGGCUCUCGGGCUCUCAGCUGGCUUUAAUCUGCUUGCCAAAAACUGCGGCUGGCCAGUUACAGAGAAGAAGAAGGUUGUUAUGAAGAGGAACAAGCUUAAGGCGACACUUCGAUGUGUUGUACAUCUAGUCCCAGUCUCGGCGGCAAUUGCUCUACUGAUUCUCAACGGGUCAAACCAUUAUAUCGGCGGUGAACUCAGUGGCGCUGUUGGGCAAGACACUCAGAAGCUGGCGGCGCUCCUGUUUGCCGCAAAAUUGCAUGAGCUAUUUAUGCUUGCAUCCCUUAGCGCUAUGGUCAUCACUUAUAUCCGGAAGGAACUGGUUUUUGGCGAUGGCGUCCCUUUCGGUACUGUGUUCUCAGCAACUCAAUUCAAGGACCUCACAUUCCUAUGGUCGCCAGAGCUUUGGGGCACAAUUUACCACGAAUGGGAGAAGAGAAGAACGAAAUGGAUUGUCAUCAGCUUGCUUGUCAUCUGCUCUGUUGCUGGACUAACAGUUGGGCCAUCCACUGGAAUUCUUAUGAGGCCACGCUUGGAUGAAUGGCCCGCAGGGGGGACAACUUUUUGGAUCGACGCUACAGAAGCAUCACUAAACCCUGAUAAAAUCGAGGCGAUUCCUGAUAUGAGUCAUUGCAGCGUUGAAGAUGGAGACACGUCAUGCCCAGCAAGCGGCUGGCGAAUUCUCAACGAGCAAUAUUUUCCGCAUUGGAAAUCCCUUGGAGGUAUGGGAGCUAUGCCACAGUCACUUUUCAUGCCUGGUCGCUCAUCAUUACGUCAACUUGUCCUGCGCACGAGGAACAUCCGCAACUUUCCCAUGUCACUCCUAUGGGCCAACGCAUUCACCUUAGCAACUGUCUCACCUUCCCCGGUUGCAGAUGCGUUAGUCGACCUUGAAAGACUAUGGAUCAAUGCAGCUGCAAAUUCAGAUAUUGGCAAUUUCAAAUACCGCCGAGAUGCUUCCUUUACAACAGACUGUUUACAGUCAUUGGUUAUGACACGGUGUCAUAACACCAACUAUGUGUCAGGUGAAGCAGUUAAAUUACGCUUUCCGAGUUUUCGCAACGUCACUCUCAGUCACGGACCUGGGUCUGCAGCUCAUUUAGGUAGCCAUGCCAGCUUUGGAGAAUGGCUACACAUUGACGAUACAUCGAUAACCUCUCCGAUAGAAGAGUUACUCGUUUCCAGUGGCCGCCCUUCGCUAUACUGGAUCGACGAUUCUGAGUUUCUGCAAAAGACCCAGACCUCGUUGAUGGUUGUGGCUACAAUUCCAAAGUCGAAAGCAGGUCCUGCGGCAUAUCACACUUGUAGCAUUGACAGUCGAUUUGCAAACGUUACGUUGAAAACUUCACGGAACUCUAUUACGAAUGUCUUCAGCGCUCCCAGUGGUUUUGAUAACGUGGGAACAUUCAAUUCCGCGUACCGACCAAUCAAGCUCAGUGCUGACUGGGCCAGGUAUCUAAAUCCCACUAUUUCAACCUCCAACCAAACCAAUGAUACUGUUUUUUCUGCUCUGGCAGAAACAGCUGGUCUGUGGGCAUCAGAUUUUACUAUUAGUUCAGAGUGGUUUCCUAUUAUCGUCGAGAACAUCCUUGCGACACUGCUAACAAACGCGAUCGGAGGAGCAAAUUUUGACAAAACCAUGGUUGGGACUCUUAGUGGAUUGAACGAACCUUCAAACCCAUGGAGCCUUGGAAUGUGGGUGAAGCAAAUCCUCCCUCAAAACGGAAGACUGGGGUAUGGCGGCAAUGCUUUCAACAUUACCAAAGACGAUGAGGCGAAAGCCACUAGAUUUGUGAUGAAAGUUCGAAUUUUGGGCUAUGCAUAUAGCCCUCAAGGUAAAACGCAGAUUGCUGCGAUGAUUGCUCUUUCACUAUAUGUUUUACUAGUCUCGAUUCACAUUGGUUACUCAGCUAUGACGGGGUGGUAUUCAAAUAGCUGGGGUUCACCCUCGGAAUUGACUGCACUUGCGAUGAACUCGGCUUACACUAGUAAACUCGAGAAUACAGGGGGUGGCAUCGAAACCGUCGAUGUCUUCAAGGAAAGGGUAUGGGUUCGACUGAAAGAUGAAAGAGCUCAGAUAGUGUUCGAUGACACUUUUAGCAGGCAGAAAUUGCAAGAUGGGGUAGCAUAUGCUUGA